AUGGGAGUAGUCAACCAAAAGAUGAGUAGUCAAGAUGAUAGUUUUAAAUGGUUAGAAUCGAAGUUUGACAAGUUAUUCAAAAACCAUUCAUCAUCCAUACAUAAUUUGGAGGUACAAGUAGGGCAGCUUGCAAAUGCUAUUUCCUCACGUCAAGUGGGAAAUCUUCCUAGUAAUACAGAAAAAAAUCCUAGGGAAAAUAUAAGUGCCAUUGCCUUACGAAGUGGAAAAAUAGUAGAUAAAAUAGUUCCUUUGGGUAUUGAUGCUAAUGUUUUGAAUAAUACAACUGUGGAGCCGGUUUGUGAACCGAGCAUUGAAGUAAAUAGUGCAGGAUCAAGAGAACGAGAAAGAGGAAAGGACAAGGAGAAGGAUAAUGUUAAAGCUUAUCAAUCUAGGCCACCUUUUCUGCAAAGGCUCAAGAAGCAAGAGCAAGAUAAGCAGUUCUUAAAUUUUAUUGAUAAAUUGAAAAAUUUGCAUAUCAACAUGUCACUCAUGGAAACUAUCACACAAACAUGUCACUCAUGGAAGCUAUCACACAAAUUCCAAACUAUGUUACCUACUGAACUCAAAGAUCCAGGGAGUUUCAUUAUACCAUGCAAAUUAGGUAAAGUAGAUUUUCCUAGAUGCCUUUGUGACUUAGGAACAAGUAUUAAUUUGAUGCCAUUAUCUCUCUUUAAGAAACUGGGAUUAGAAGAUGAAGUUAAGAGAACUAAUAUGGUUUUACAACUUGCUGACCAAACUAUUAAAAGACCCUAUGGUAUCAUUGAGGAUGUACUUGUGACUGUACUUGUUAAGGUUUGA